AUGCUUGCACAUCUCGGGCAGCUUGCUGCCAAGCAGUCGUGGGAGGACCGCACGCACCGCCUGGGAUCGUGCUCUGUCACGCUGGUGAAGCAACAUAGCAAUGCAGCGUGCAUUGCUGGCAAGUCAUUUGGCUGUGACAGCAACGGGGAUGUGUGGGCUCGAGGCUGCCGCGGCCACUUUCGCUGCGGCGCGCAGGACGAGGAUGCACGAUUCGCAUGUGGCUUUCCUCCUGGACGGCCAGCGUACACAUGCAAAUGCGUCCGCCGCAUGGCAAGAAGGCCACGCACACCGCAUCGCGAGGGCCUGUGCUCGGUGACACUCGUCAAGCAGCACAGCCAGGCAGCAUGCGUGCCCGGUAUCACCUUUGGCUGUGCAGGCGACGAUCCUUCGGGCCGGCGAGUUUGGGUGCGAAACUGCCGCGGUAUUUUCCGCUGCACGGGCGACUCUGCAUUUCACUGUGGUUACCCUAUAAGCCGCCUGCCCAACCAGCAAUACAACUGCUCCUGCGACCCUCGAGAGCAGAUUAUGCCAGGCUGCACGACCCCGGUGUGCUUGCGGCUACGAAUGAAGAUGAACAUCGACGCCGACCUGCUUGCAUCCUCUUCACUCGUCGUGAUCGGUGCUCACCAUUUCGGCCGCGACUCGAACGACCCCGUGUAUGCCGCCGUGGCCACCGUUGCGUGGUCGCGUGUGCUACUAGUCGAGGCGAGCCCCAUUGUGUCCGCCGCUCUUCGCGCGCAAGUGGUGCAGGCCAACCCCACGCCGCACGUGCCACCCGACCAAGUGAGCGUCGUCAAUGCGGCGAUGGCCGGACUUCCUCACUGGGUGAGCCAAAUUGGCUCGUUCAACGUUGAGCACAUCGAGUCCCACUUGGUGCCCCUGGUGAGCUGGCAGAGUGCGGGGUCAAAGCUCGACGUCUCGACAUUGCGACGCUCCAUUCGGGCCACAAAUGUCAGCUGUGGCUCGCUGCUCCGCUUGUUGCGGCAGCAGAGCAUGCCACCCAUCGGGCUGCUCGUCGUGGACACGGAGGGGCUCGACUGCGAGAUCCUGGGCAGCCAAGAUUGGGCUCUGCAGGCACUUGAAAGUAGCCGCUGCCCAGGGCGUGAGCCAUACCGCGUGGCGACGAUGCCGGUGGGCUGCGACAAGUGCGACCAGUGGUACUGCCGCGAGCUGCACGGACCAAUGGAUUCUGCCGCACCUAUCGACCCGUUUAGUGUGUAA